CAGUUCAUAUACUUAUUUUUUUUUUUUUUAUAUCAACAAUAAAAUUUUUCUUUUUAAACUUUUGUAAUUAAAUUGCAUUAUGUCUACCAUUCGAUAUGAAUUAGUUUAUGCAACAGUUAAUAGAGCAUAUUCGUUAAUUGAUUAUAAUAUUCACACUGAUAUUCACAAACAACAUGAAUUUGAAAAACAAACAAUUCUUGCUGAUAAACUUCUUACAGAUGAUGAAAAAACUUUUGCAAUAAAAUAUAUAACUAAAUCUUACGACCGAGAUAAAAUUCUUCAAAAUACGGGAACAAAAAGAAUUUGUGAAAAUUGCAAUCAAGAAUGUUUAGCUACAUUAUAUUGUGAAUAUUGUAUUCGAAAUUAUUUAAAAGGAAAAUUUUCACAUUGGACAUCUGGAAAUGAUGAUAUUGAUAAUUUAAUACAGCAAUGUCAAUUGGAAACAACUAGACCAAAUGUGAUAAUUGAAUGGAUUUCAUAUAGUAAUUUAGAAAAUAUUAAAUAUCUUACAAAAGGAGGAUUCUCCGAAAUUUAUACUGCAGAUUGGGUUAAUGGAUGUUAUGAAGAAUGGGAUUCUAAAAAACAACAAUUAAAAAGAAUGGGAGGUCAUGAAGUAGUACUCAAAAAAUUAGAAAAUGUUGAAAGUGCAAAUCAAAGUUGGUUUGAAGAGGCUAAAUCACAUUUAACUAUAAAUAAUAAAUGGCCAGACAUUGUUCGAUGUUAUGGAAUGACACAAAAUCCAUCAAAUGGGAAUUAUAUGCUUGUAAUGAUGAAAUUGGAUAUGGAUUUAAGAAAAUAUUUACAACAAAAUAAUGAACGACUCACAUGGAAAGAAAGAAUUAGAAUUACUUUUGAAAUUACUAAUGCACUAUAUUGGAUUCAUAAAGAGAAGGCAAUUCAUAGAGAUUUGCACUCUGGAAAUAUAUUAUAUUCACAAUUUAAUGAUGGAUGGUUUAUUAGUGAUCUUGGAUUUUGUGGACCUGCUGAUAAAUCAUCAAAAAGUAUAUAUGGAAAUCUUCCCUAUAUAGCACCAGAAGUUAUUAAUGGAAAAGGAUAUACUUUUAAAUCUGAUAUUUAUAGUGUUGCAAUACUUAUGUGGGAAAUUUUAUCUGGACAACCACCAUUUAUUAAUUAUAAUCAUGAUGAUUAUAAUCUUGCAAUGGAUAUAAUUAAUGGUAUGAGACCAGAAAUUAUGUUAAAUAUUCCUUUAGAUUAUAAAAAUUUAAUGGUACAAUGUUGGGAUGCUGAUUCAUUAAAAAGACCUGAUGCUUUAUCUCUUCGGAGAAAAAUGAGAGAAAUUCAUCUAUCAUAUCAAAAUAUGCCAAAUGAAUUAUUUCAAUCAAAAGCAAAAAGUAAUUUUGAAACAAAAACUAGUACAAAUUAUACAAGUAGUAGCAUAUUAUUUACAAGCAAAAUUCAUCAAUUUGAAAAUUUACCUGAACCAAAGAAUGCAACAGAAGAAGGACAAGAAGCAUUUCAUAGUAAAACAUAUGACUUUAGUAUUCCUGAUAAUAUUGAAGAUUUUAAUAAUUCAAACGAUCAAAAGAUUAAUAAAACAUCAAAAAUGAAUAGUAUUUUUAAAGCCAGCAGUAAAAGUUUGUCUAAAGUAUUUAAAACUUUAAAAAUAAAUUCCAAGAAUGAAAUUCAAAAAGAUUAUAAAAAAGAAACAAUACAACAAGUGAAAGGACCAGUUAUUGACGAUGAUGAAAUACAUAAUAAUCCAAACCUUCAUUCGGAAGAACAAGAUGAAUUUGAGAUUCCUGAUGGUUAG